AUGAAGCGCUCAAAGCAGCUGAGGGGGUCUGGGUUGAGGCGCACGCUCUCAGACUUCACUGUGAGGGAGAAGGAAUGUCGCGUCGAGGCAGAGUUCAGCAGACUGCAGAAGCAGUUUCAGAUCUCAGCGGAGAAGAGGAAAUGUUUCGGUGCCAACAUGAGGCAGCAGAUACACGCCCAGGAGAAAGAAAUAGAGUCGCUGAAGGAAGAACACAGAGGGAUGUCGUUAAUACUGAGCCAGAUCAACUCCCUGAGAAACGUGAUGCAGGAUGACAGAAAUCGUAUGGAGCUCAAGUGCCUCUUGCAGACCAAGGAUCAGUACGACUGCCUGAUCAGAGACAGAAAAGCCCUGCUAGCUGAGCAGGACAGCCAGAUCCUGGAGCUGCAAAAAAAGAUUGUGAGGCAAAACCUGAUAGCAACGAAGGUGAAGCAAGCAAACAGUAGCAAAUGGCUCCAAAACCAGAUUCAGACCCUGGAGAUGCGUCUAAACAAUGUCACCGUCCGUUUUGAUACCAUCCUGACCGCCAAUAACAAGCUCCGAGAAGAGAUCGAAAACCUUCGAAUCCAGAAAGCCAUCCUGGACAACUUCUACGCAAAGCUCCGUAAGCAUCUGGACCAGCAGAAGAGCAGGAUGGACGCCGCCGUGGAGCAGUCCACGCAGGCAUACGAGCAGCGGGUGGAGGCUCUGGCGAGGAUUUCAGCCAUGAACGAAAGGCACAGCAAAGACACCGUCCAGUACAACAUCGAGGUGCAGGAGCGGGAGCGCAUCCGGGACCAGGAGAACAAGCUGAAAACCUUUGUGCUUGCCAAAUUCACGGAUCGCUCUGAAUUGGAGGAAGAGGCCAAAAAGAAAGAAGCCUUGAAGGCAGCCCAGAAGGCAAAGCGGAGGCAAGGGGAGAGCUUCGAGAGCCGGGAGGUGGCUUACAAGAGGCUGCUGGAGCUGGCGGAGAACGGGGACAUCGACCAGCUGGUGAAUGGGUUCAUUGAAAAGGAAGGGAAGAACUUUGCCUACUUCAGCUACGCCACUGAGCUGAACAAUGAGAUGGAGAAGCUGCAGCAGAGGAUCAAGGACCUGCAGAACGGAAUCAUGCUCUUCACAACCGACCAGGACAAUGCAGAGAGCAGCAGCCUUCACGUCCUGAAGGAGCUGGAGGAGAAGCUAAGUCAAACGACUGAGAAAGCCAACGAGUACGAAGAGAGAUGCAAAGAGAGCAGUAAAGUCCUGGGCCGGCUCAAAUCUGCCAUGGAGGUCCUGUUCAAAGAAAUCGACUGUGAUGCCAUGAAGAUCAAGGAGCAGCUUGGUGAUAAUGGGCAGAUCACGGACCUGAACCUGAUGCAGUUUUUUGCUCUCGUGGAGAAGAAGACCAACGAGCUCCUGCUGAAGGAAUCCAUCCUGCUCUAUCUGGAGGCUGACGGCUCGCUGACAUCCCAGACCUUCACCAACCCGCUGCUGGGUGGCACCGAGCUCCUGCAGGGCACAGACCUGCCCCGUUUCUGCCCGCAGCCUCCCGACCUGGAGGGUGCCGCCGACGCCACCGACGCCUUCGAGGCGCCGCUGGACCACGCGCGGCUGCGCGAGCUGGUUCUCCAGAGCUGUGAGAGGGAGCGGGGCAGUGCCGGCAGCACGGGCAAGAAGGGACGAAACGACAUCCAGGCGUGA